GCUGUUUGGUUUAGGCGGGAAACAAGAUAACAGUUGAUGAGGAACAUACUGUCAAACGGUUUGUCGGAUGUGGAGCUUGUUUGUAUACAAUGGCCGUGAAUGGAAGUUGUUUUGGGUCUCCUGUACCUGUUUCACCACUGAAAGAAAGAAAUGAGCGUCUGCAAAUAAAAAGAAAGGGGAACUGUCAGGAAGAAAGUACGAAGAGCCCAAAAAAGAGGCGUAUAUCACCUAAUUCAUAUGCAGGAGACAAAGAAAAUGAUGACUGGGGCUUCAGUGACAGAGAUUCUGGAAUUGUCUCAGACUGUGAUUUAUUGCUGCUUGAAGCUGCGAAGAAUGCAGAGAACAGUUGCACUAAAAUGGAGCAGAGUGGCAGUGAAAAGAUACCAGCUGAAAGAAAUGAUAAUGAAGAUUUGCUGGAUAUUGAUGGUUCCAUGUUUGAUGACAUGCUUUUUUCUGAAGAAGAAUCCAGUUUCACUGCACCUGAAAGCAAAGAGCAGACAUUAAAUCUCUCUGGUAGUGAAAUGUGCUAUGUUGUUCAAACAUGGAAGGAUCCUGAAGUACCAGUAAAUAUGUUUUUGCAAUUGAGGUCAUGUGAAACCAAUCGAACUGCUGUGUGCCAGUUACGACCACCAUGGGCCAGUUUACCGGUCAAAGAAGGGGAUGUUGUGAGCAUCAUAGGAGCAAAAUAUGAAAAAGGAUCAUGGUACCUAGAUUUGAAGGCAGGAAUACUUGUCCACCACUCGGAUCUACUUGUGUCUGGAACUUCUGUUGUUGGAUCACUUUUCUGCAGGCGACGUGCUGUCCUUGCAGAGUGGUUUCGUGGGGUGGAUGUUGCAGCUGCCUGUGCUGUCAUUGGCUCAUUAGUGCACACAAUUCUCCAGGAGGUACUUCAGAACAAAAUUCAGGAUAAGAACAGUGUUGAACAGUUGGUGGUGAAAACCUUGGAAAAUCCUGAUAAUUUACGUCAGCUGCUUCUGUGCGGACUGUCAAGUGAUAAAGCUCGAGCAGAGAUAAUGCCAUUUGUGCCUCGAAUUGUGCAGUUUGUGUCACAGCACGUGACACAUCCACAUAAGAAUCGUUGUGGCCUUGCAGUGACCGAUAUUGAGGAUGUGGAGGAGAAUAUAUGGUCUCCACGACUAGGAGUAAAAGGAAAAAUAGAUGUCACUGUGAAGAUCAAGUCACCUGCUAACAAUUCUCAGUUAGCUCCAUUAGAACUGAAGACAGGCAGAGCGACAGCUUCUUCAGAACACAGGGGCCAGGUUAUGUUAUAUAUACUAAUGUUGCAAGACUUGGGCUACAAUGUUAACAAGGGCCUAUUACUUUACUUGAGGGAUGACGUGUCACUUAUGGAAAUACCAUUUUCUCAUCCUGAAAGUCGUGAUUUAAUUCAGCUCCGAAAUGAACUAGCAAACAACUUGCGUACUGCAAUGCCCAGCGAGAUGGGUCAGCCACCGGUACUUCCAGAACCCAUCACUCGAACUAAUGGGUGCAGCAGAUGCCCGUACCUUAUUGAAUGCUCUGCCUAUCAGCGGGCAACAGACCCAUCACAUCCCUUGCUUGAAGUUGGUGGUGCAGCACAUUUGAGUGAAGAAUCUAUUAAUUAUUUUUUGUGGUGGACAGGACUUCUGGGAUUGGAGGAGGCCCAAAGGCUCAGCAACUCCAAACUUGCUGACCUGUGGAAAUUAUCAGCAGCAGACAGGGAAAAGAGAGGUAGUUGUGCUUCAGAACUUUCUCUCGAAGGUAAACCUAUUCAGUGUGGCAGUGUCUUCCGUCAACGAUUGGUUGUUAACAAUAGAGAUCGUGAUUUGACCAGUAUUGGAGGCCUUGCAGAAGGUGAUUUUGUUUUAGUAAGCAGCAACUUACGGAUUGCAGUUACAACAGGAACUAUUGAUAAAAUUGAUCCAUUUGGUAUGGAUAUCAUACUUAACAGAGAUCUCAGAAGCCGGCAUUAUGGUGAUAAAUUUCACAUAGAUGUUUAUGAGAGUCAGAGUUCUUUGUCAUAUCUUAUGACUAGCUUAGGACUGCUUAUGGAUAAUACAGAAGCAGCCGCCAAGUUGCGCAGUAUUGUUGUUGACAGGGUGAAGCCAGAAUUUUCGUCUGAAGAAAUUGCACGCUUGAGCGGUUCAGAAAAGAUGAUUACGCAGCACCUCAACAGUGCCCAACUGAAUGCAAUUCACAAAUCAGUCGCUUCCAGGAAUUACUUGCUUAUUUGUGGAAUGCCAGGCACAGGAAAGACUGAGAUGUUAGCAUCUCUAGUACGCGUCCUUGUGGGGCGUGGUGCUUCAGUGCUGAUUACAAGCAACACUCAUUCAGCUGUUGACAACUUGCUGCUUCGUCUGAAGAAACACAAUUUGCCUAUUCUGCGGCUGGGUUCUGAACAACGCAUCCAUCCUGAACUCCGUUGUUUUUCAGAAGCAGAGCUCACUAAGGGUUGUAAGACACCUGAAGAACUUACUAGGAGACUCAAUUCCAGGCUAAUUGUUGGAUCAACGUGCUUGGGUACAAAUAGCCCUUUGCUGACAGGCCGGCGAUUUUCUGUGUGCUUAGUUGAUGAGAGCACUCAGACCCUGCAGGUAAUGGUGAUGAGGCCAUUACUUCUCUGUGAACGGUUCAUUCUUGUUGGUGAUCCACAGCAGCUGCCACCAGUUGUGACUUCUUUGAAGGCUAGGCAGCUCGGUCUUGAUGAAAGUCUGUUUACUCGACUGGAUGGACUGGGAGCAACAGUAAUACUUGACUUGCAAUAUCGUAUGAAUCGUGCCAUUGUAAAACUUGCCAAUCACUUGGCAUAUGGUGGUCGGUUACGCUGUGCAAAUGCGGAUAUUGCAAAUGCAACUCUGCGUGUUGAGAAUAUACAGAAGGUUCCACAAUGGAUGUCAAGGAUUGUUUCUCCAGAUAUGUCAGAUGCUGUGUUGUUUGUUGACACGGGUGUAGUUCCACUAUUAGAAGAAAACAGCAACAAAAAUGGUAGAUGCACCAACAUUCAUGAGCUUGCACUUCUGGCUGCAGUGACCAGCAUUUGGGAGAAAGGUGGUGUAGAUACAAAAGAUAUUGGAAUCAUUGCACCUUUCAGAGCUCAGGUUAAUUUGAUAAGGAAAGCACUGCCUUCUCAUGAGGUCAACACUGUUGAUCAGUUUCAAGGACGUGACAAAUCUGUUAUACUUUUGUCAUGUACACGUAGUAAGAAAUCCAUUGCUAAAAACUCUGCCAAAGACAAUGAGACAGCCAAUCUGAAGAAAGAAGAGGAGGAUGAAAUAAAGGACACUGCCAUCCUUGAUGACAUACGUCGAUUGACUGUUGCUGUGACGCGUGCUAAGCAUAAGUUGGUAAUGUUCGGCGAUCGUGAGACUUUGCGACACCAUAAACCAUUUUUUCGAGCAUUUGAACUUUUGGACAAGAAAGGACUGGUACUUUCUGUACAUGAUAAUAGCAAAGAAUUUUUAUGGAAACCACUUGUAGAAAAUGUAUUCAGUAAACUUGGUGUCAAAUCGAAACCUGUCACUAUUAAACCUGUGAAUGAAAAUUGAUAGUCACUUAAUGAACAGAUCUUUUGAAAAUUCUUGUACUUCAUCACUUAUCAAGAUGCAAAACAAGUUUCCCCUUCAUUGCUUCAUAUUGUGUAUCAGUGCAGUUACUAUAAUUUUGAAACCUAUGGAUGGAUAGGUAAUACUACACUGUUUUUUCCGCUGUCAAUAUUACAGUUAAAAAGUGGUGCCAUACUUUAAAAAGAAAGUGUGUAGACAACAAUUGUAGUCAAAAAUGACCCGGAAAAUUUCACUUUUAUGUUGCAAACAGCUGCAUUACAAAACAUACUUUUCUUUUUGUAAUAUGGCUAAGUUGUAUUUUUACUGUUUUGUUAUCAAGCGGAAUAGAACAUUUAGUUCUCAAGAUUUAAUGAAAAUCUUACCUUUAGCUCAGUCAAGCAGAAUAAUCAUGGAAUGUAAACAUUUCUUGCACAUGUUUCUGACACACAAAUUGGUUAUUUCUAGCUUCAGUAGGUAGCAAAAACUGUAUCAUGUAUUCUAGAUUGCAUAAACUGAAACACCUGCUCUUGAUAUCUGAGGCCCAGACAAGUUAGUGUCUCAUGUUUCACAUUUGAUCCUUAAUUAAUUUCACAAGUUCACCUAAAAUCAGCCCCGUUCACUGCAGUAAUUGUGUCUCCAGUUUGUAAUAAUUUGACUUACAUAACUAUAAUUAAUUGCUGAUUUUCUCCUGGGGUUUCCUGUAACAGAAUGACAUUCCAGUAAUGCAUUGUUGAAUCACUUGGUCUCAAAGUAUGAAGUAAAACAAUUAGUAUGUGUGUCUGUCAGAUAUGAGAAAUCUUUGUGAUGAUAUUAUUUAUAUUGUAAAGUAAUUUAUCUAUAAUUUCUGUCUAGUAUGGAAUGAAGCAUGCUGCUGUGUCAGUUUCAUGUGCUUGUCAAAUAUUGACUUAUUUAUGAAUGCCUUUAGCAUUAUUUAUGUUGUCUGCAAAGGGAUGAAAUUAUAUAAUAAUAUCUACAUUAUCAUUGUGAACAUUACUUGUCAACAGGGUGUGCUAUUGCACUGACAUUUACCUAUGAAUGUAUAUUUUGUACAGAUUUUUAUAUAUUUUCAUACACUGUUUGCACUUAAUGUA